UUCGUCGCCCACUCGGAAGUGCGGAUGGUGCUGAGUGGCGCCGGUGACGUCUGGUCCGAGUCGCGUGACGAUGCCCGAGCAGUCGCUGCCCGGCGGCCCCGGGUCGCCCGGAUACAGUCCCAUCACAUUCAACACGUCGCGGAAAUUCAAACCAACCGCACACACACGCAACUCCACCUGACCAGGACCGGGGGAGAGGCGCUGUGCGUGGCUCAAAGGACGGACCAUCAAGUUGGACAGGGCCCCCCGAUCAGCCAUGUGCAGCUCGACCGAGCCCUCGGCGACAUGCCGACCACGAACCAGACGGCGCACAUACGGAUGGCCUCGUAUAGCAAUCUCGUUCUCGACAAGAGAGUCGACGUCCGGGGCCUUGAAGGUGGUGACAGUCUUGGACAGAGAUUGCAAAAGCGGCACUCCGGACACCCCAGCGACACCGUCACUGUCGAGUUCCAACGAUCGGAUGUCGACUGCAUCACCGACCUCCAGGCGAGCAGCGCGGGCCAUGCCCCACACACCAGCAUGCACUGGAUCGCAGGGCAAGCGCUCAUCAAUCGAGAGCACCUGUUGCGUGCCGCGGCUGAGGACCCACAGUGUUGGAGCCGUCGUCGAUCCCGAAGCGGAACUGACCCUCACCAUCGACCUGAUCACUUGUGUCAGGGCUUCGAGAACAUCCACAGCGUCCUGGGCCGCAUCACUCGACUCCGUGAAGAACACGUCGGUGAAUGACUCGCUAUCCAGCGCUUUAUCCACGCCUUCGACCGUCGAUGCGCGGACUGUCAGUGAGCUCGCGGCGGCCUCGACGCCGCCCACUUGAUUUAGUAUGUCGUCAGCAGACUGUCCACCGACGAGAAGCCAGCGACCGACGCACUCCUGGGUGGCCUUACGCUGCGCGGCGACCUGCAUCCACUCUGUGUUCCACAUGGCUGUAGAGAGGUCGACUUGAGGGGUCAGACCACUCAGGUUGGCCUCCAUGAAGCGGAACUCGUCGAAGGCGGCGAGGAGCUUGCCCUCGGCCGAGAAGAGACGGAUGUCGGCCAUGAUCUUGGUCCUCGUGGACUUGCUCGGGUGGAUCAUGACGUGGGACCAGAUGCUGCUGUCGUGAGGGAUGGGCCGAAUCUGCACGCGGCCUAUGGCCACAGGCACCACAGCCCGCACGUUCGCAGUGGCUUCGGAAGAGGAGACGGCGGCACAGACGCAAUGGAGUGCACCAUCAACGACACGAGGGUCCAUGCUCAAGAAUCGGGUGAUCGACUUCUUGGAUGGUGGGCUGAUGAGACCGAGGGCCUCAUUGUCUCCCUGCCACACCGCCGACACAGUCCUGAAUGUCUCGCCGUAGUUGAGCCCCACCCUGUCGAGGAUCUCGUACAGCUGGGGGACCGACAGCUUCUUGUUGCAGCCUGCCUUGGCCUUCUGCAGCUGGUCCUCGGCUGCCAGCGGGUCGACUGAUGGAGCGGUGUCCUUGGCGAGCUCCGCCCUCACAUGACGCACCGACGGAGCGAGUCCUCUGUCCUCGCUCACCUCACGGCUGCCCAGCGUCACCGUGCCGUCCUUCGUCACGGAGCACUCCAAUCUGAGAGCAGUCCUGAAGUCAUAAUGCUGGUCCCAAGCUGCCUCGACCGUCAUGGGUCUCUCGAACUCGACGUCCUCAAGGACGACAGAUCCGUCGUGGCCGGUGCGGUGGAGCCACUCCUCUGCCUGCAGCUCCCGAAUGGCCGACACGGCCACCUCAAUGAAGCCCGCGGCCGGCAUGGUGCUCUGCCCAGCGACACAGUGGUCCUUGUAGAGUGCCAAGCCUUCACGGGGCAUGGCCGUCAGGUAGACCAUCUUGUUGUCACUAGUGGUGUCACUCGCCAUGAGCCGCUUGGCUAGCAGAGGAUGACGCAGCUCAGGCCACGGGAGCGACUGUCGCCGGCCUCGCCCCUGGCGGUCUCCUUGCUGGGCCAUCAGGGCUUUCUCUCGACAGCCAGUGACUGUCUCAAUUGCCUUGGCGAGGCUUUGCCGCUCGUCAGUAGGUGACCGCAGCGCCGCAACCAUCGUUGGCUGACCUCCUGAGCUGUUGUCCUUCUUGGCGUCGAUCCGCUGCGCCAGGCUGGUGAGGACAGGCGCCGGGCCGACUUCAAGGAACACCUCGUAGUCGUCCUGGAGAGCCGACACCAUGGCGUCGCUAAAGCGAACAGGCUUCAGUCUGGACACAGGAGAGAAAACAAAGAGGACAGUCAGUGUGGUUCUCUGAUCGAUAGCUGCAAUGGAAUUAGUCAGCUUGCCUUACAUGUGGUCAGCCCAGUAUUCUGGCGACAGCAGCCCGUCGGUGAUCUCCUGGCCAGUCACCGUCGAGAUGAAUCGGACCUCGUCUCUUGGAAGCGAGAAGGUGACGGCCUCGCACGUCUUGCGGAACUGCGUGGCGACCUCCUUCAUCAUGGGUGAGUGGAAGGCGUGCGACACGGUCAGGAAGCGGUAGCUCCCCGCCUUCAUCUUGUCCAGUGCCUUCUGCACGAGGUCAUGCCGUCCCGAAAUGACCACACUCUGGGGGCCGUUGAUGGCGCCGAUGGCCAUCAUGUCGUCGCCCUCCUCAGAGAUGAUCUCAUGCAGCGUCGGUUCCAUCUCUUCUGCGCUCUUCCUCAGGGCCACCAUCACGCCGUCCUGCUCUGGGAGCUCCGCCAUGAGUCUGGCCCGCUCGGCCACCAGGAAGAUGCCGUCCUCCAGGCUCAUGACGCCGGCCACGACGGCCGCCACAUACUCGCCCAGACUGUGACCGAUGACAGCGUCAGGAGUGACGCCCUUGGACUUGAGCAGCUCAGACAGUGCGUACUCGACGGCAAACAGGGACGGCUGAAGGUAUCUUGUGUCCGAUGCAGGUGGGUCGGAGGGCGGGCUCUCGUAGAGGAACUGCAGCAGCGACAUGCCGCACUGCCUCUCUAGGAUCUCAUGGCAGCUGUCGAGGGCCACCUUGAACGCCGGCUCAGACUCGUAGAGCUGCUCGCACAUCUUGAGGCGCUGAGAGCCCUGGCCAGUGAAAAGGAACACGGUGCGCGAUGCAGCAGCACCACUUGGACCGUCCGCAGGAGGCUGGAUGUCCUCAUCCGAAGCCAUUGGAGGUGGCUCUGUCGGAUCCUCACGCUGGACCGUGAGAGACCUCGUGUCAUGCUUGUGUUCUCGUGAAAGGACGACGUGUGCGUUGGUGCCGCCGAAGCCGAAUGAGCUGACGCCAGCGCAGAGCCUGCCACCCUUGGCGCCUGCCGCCACUCUGGGCAGCCGGACCGCAUCGACGGGCAGCACCACGGGGAAAUCAUCCACCUCGAUGUGCGGAUUCAAGCCACUCAAGUGCAGGUUAGCCGGAGCUGUCUGCUGCACGAGGACGAGGACCAGCUUGAUGAAGCCAGCAAUGCCGGCCGAUCCCUCCAUGUGCCCCAUGUUGCUCUUGAGGGCUCCAAGGACCAGCGGGUUCUCUCGCCUCCUGCCGGCCUCAAAGACAGACCGCAGGGCACCGAUUUCGAUCGGGUCGCCGAGGCUGGUGGCCGUGCCAUGGGUCUCGAUGUAGGACACGUCGGCAGCACGCACACCCGCAUCCUUGAGCGCCUGUGCGAUGACUUCCCUCUGCGAGGGGCCGUUGGGAGCAGUGAGGCUCGCAGAUUUGCCGUCCUGGUUGACAGCAAUCCCUCGAAUCGUCGCCCACACUCCGUUGGGCCCACUCCGCCCCCCACCGGCCCUGCGCAGGACGACAGCUCCGCUCCCUUCCGCGCGCCCAUAGCCGUUGGCUUUCUCAUCGAAGGUCCGGCAGGUCCCCUCCGGUGACAGCAUACGCGCCUUGCUGAAGGCGACGUAGUUGCCGGGUGCGAUCAUGAGGUGGACUCCGCCGACGAGGGCCGUGUCGCAUCCGCCCUGCCUCAGGGACCUCACCGCCAUGUCGCACGCGACGAGCGAGGACGAACAGGCCGUGUCGACGCAGAGACUGGGACCCUUAAGGCCCAUCGCGUACGAGAGCCGGUUGGAUAUGAUGGACGAAGCGCUACUGGUGCCCAUGAAGGCGCUCACGUCGCUGACCUGGUUCCCAUAAACAAUGGCGUAGAUGGCCAAGUUGUUCAGAAUGGACCAGUCGUGGGUGCACGCCCCGAUGAAGACACCGGUAGAGCUGCCCGACAGCGCUUCCUUGGUCAUGCCGGCGUCAGCGAACGCGCCGUAGGCCACCUCGAGGAUGAGUCGCUGCUGCGGGUCCAUGCUGGUGGCUUCGACUGGCGAGAUGUUGAACAGUGAGGCAUCGAACAUGUCUACGUCGUCGAUGAAGGCGCCCUUGGUCGUGUAGCAGAGGCAGCGGGGGUCGUCGGGGUCCGUGACUGCACACAGCCUCUCCUUGUCCCAUCGCAUGUUGGGCAUGUCGUCGAUGGCAUUGCCAUGGCUGAGCAGGAAGUCCCACAGUGCCUGUGGACUGUAGCACUCUCCGGGGAAGUGACACGCCAUGCCGACGAUGGCAAUGUUCUGGCUCCCGCCGCUCACCCCACCACCCGCCUUUGCAUCCACCCCCACAAGUGCGGCCCCACCGUCCUGCCUACUGCCCGCCUCCAUCAUGGUCUCCGUGACGAUGUGGUCGACCACUGCGCCCAGUGUUGGCGCAUCGAAGAGGAGUGUGGCCGACAGGCGCAUAUCCAGCCUCCUUGACAGCUCGUUCCUGAACUCCACGGCCCCGAGCGAGUCGACGCCCAGCUCCUGCAGAGGCAGGUCGAAGUCCAGUUUGUCCUCGGCCAUGCCCAUCGUCAUCUUGGCCGUCUCCACGACGACCUCUCGCACACGCUCUCUCCUCUUCUCAACCGACAUGCCCGCCAGCUCCUUGUCCAGACCUCCCUCUCCGCGAGACCGUGUGUCCGUGCCGGCCGCGAGACGCGCAAACAACGCGGGAGGCGUCACGAACUGUCGGAUGAACCGCCUGAGCGCCAGCGGCUGCACGGCCACGACUGGGAGUGGGUUGGAGGGCCGAAUGAGGGAGUCCAGGACGCGGAGGCCCAGGUCGUUGGAGAUGCUGUAGAUGCCCAUUCUAGUCAGCUGGGUCAGGUUCGCCUGUUGCGCCGCCAUCCCCUGUUCCUUCCAGCCGCCCCACUGGACGCUGAGAGCGGGCAAGCCGUGCUUGCGGCGCCACUGGGCUAAGGCAUCCAAACAUGCGUUGGCUGCCGAGUAGUUGGUCUGUCCCCUGUUGCCCAAUACACCGGUGAUCGACGAGAAGAGGACGAAGUUCUUCACAGAUGUCCUCGCGAGCCUCGCGUGAAGGUUCCAGGCUCCCCACACCUGAAAGGAGAGACAUACAAACAGGUCCGGCACUGAUCGACAAAAUGCGUCAUGUUGCUCCCUCGUUCAUUCACUCACUCACUCACUGACCUUCGGGCCGAAGACUCUCGUAAUGGAGCUGCGCGUUUGUUCUGCAAGAGGUGCGUCCGCAAGGACCCCUGCAGCGUGCCACAAUCCCCCAAGACACGCACCACUCGACGGCGAAUUGUCCAAGCCCAAGUCGAAGUCAGUCUCGGGAACGAUCCCUGACAGAAGCUCGUCCACGUGUUCCAUGUUGCUGACGUCUGCCUUCUUGAUUGUGACGUUGGCGGCCGAUUGCGUGAGCCACUGCCAGUGUCUGUAGAGCGGGUUGGGCUCUCCGGUCUUGGUGUCGGUCUGGGCCGGCGGGGCGCCUCUGCGCGACACGAGCACUAUCGACUUGACGCCCUCACUCACCAGCCAACGGGCAACCACCAAACCCAAUCCACCCACACCACCUGUUAUCACGUGAACAUCCGCUGGAUUGGCCGGCCCAGCGGUCGAUGAAGGGGACCGAGUGGCGCAAUCGACAGCGGACGACCAGGAGAUGACCACCUUGCCGAUGUGCUUGGCCUUCUGCAUGAAGCGGAAUGCCGCGAUGGCGUCGCCCAUGGUGCGGUCGCUCGAUGUGUCAAGGUCCUCGGCAGAAGGGGCAGCGUCGACAUCGAAUUGACAAAUCGGUAAGGGCUGCAGCACUCCGGUAUCUGCGAGCUUCGUCAGGUCGGCUAGCCGCUGUCCAAACCAGGCAGGGUCGGCCUCAAUCAUCUCGUCCAGUGCGAUCGGGUGGUACGCAGCCUGCGGCCGUACAGCGGCCAUCUGCUCCCUCGUCCAGAUGCCCCGUUUGCCGAUCUCAAGGAAGCGACCGCCCACGUGCUUCAUCAGGCUCACCGACUCGUCAAUGAACUCACCAGACAGACAGUUGAGGACGACGUCGAGGCCGGCAUCGCCAUCGGUCGGCAAUGCACCGCCGCCCUCUUGGGGGACGCCGAGGAAGGCCCUCAUGUCGGUCUUGAAGCGGCUGACGUCUCGCGUGCUCGUCACGUACUCGACGCCCAGCGACCGCAGGUACUGCUGCUUCUCGGCGCUCCCAGCCGUCGCAUACACCGACGCACCCACACGACGGCAGUACUGAAUCGCCGCCAAGCCCACCCCGCCACUCGCAGCGUGGAUCAGCACACGAUUGCUGGCCUGCACCUUGCCCAAGUCCGUGAAAGCGACCUCCACCGUCCCAAAGACACUCGGCAUGGCGGCCGCUUGCUCAAAAGUGAAUUUUGUCGGCUUCACAGCCAUGGUGUGCACCGAUGUGGUCACGUAGGUCCUCAGGCAGCCGGCCGCUAUGCCGUAUACGUCAUCUCCAAGCUUCAAGUGGUUGAUCUCUGGUCCGAGUCGCGUGACGAUGCCCGAGCAGUCGCUGCCCGGCGGCCCCGGGUCGCCCGGAUACAGUCCCAUCACAUUCAACACGUCGCGGAAAUUCAAACCGACCGCACGGACACGCAGCUCCACCUGACCAGGACCGGGGGCGAUCCUCUCUGCCUCGUCAAGUUGGCGCAGGGAUAGGUUGGACAUGGCGCCCCUCUCCGCCAUGUGCAGCUCCAUCGGCCCCUUGACUGCGAUGCUGCUGUCCUUGAGGCGCGGUGCGUAGAGCUUCUCGGCACGAGUCGCAUACGCCAUUUCGACCUCCUGCACCUUGCCCGCACCGGCUUGGACAAUGCCGAGCAGGUUUGGAAGCCCACCGCUGGAUGAAUCGGCAUCCUCCGAGUCGUGCUCGAUGUCCAGCGACGCGAGUGUGAUGCCGGCAGGCAUCUCGAGCCGGGCAGAGCGCAGGAAACCCCAUAUGCCGGCCAUGUGGGCCCGGCAGACCUCGAACAGCGGUGGUGCAUCCUCCUCUGACGAGUGGAUGUGGAAGAUGUCGCGGGUGACGACAAGAAAGGUGAAUGCUGGGGGCUUGCGGCUGGUGCCGUCUCGAUGAAGGACCACAUUCCUCAGCGCCUUGCACAGAGUCAACAGCUCGUCGAGGGCAUCCUCAGCAGAGGCGUAGUCGUCGCCCACCCAGUACGUGACCAGGGCCCACUCCUCGCUUCGGAGCAUUUUCUCGAUGUCCUUGACCGUGAGGCUCACAAGCUGAUCCCUGCUCACUGUCCGUCCCGGUGUGUUUGCUGUGACCAGACGGGCAGGCGACGGCAGGCGAAGGUGCAGGCAGGAGGGCAGCGAUGAGGCGGGACUUGACGCACUGCGUGGCGAUGACUCCGACUCUUCGACUGACAGUGUGGGGCUUUCGGGAGCCUCCAAGGCCGAGUCCCCCACCGGCUUGUCAUAGUCGACCUCCUCCCACUCCACACUCCACAGGAGGUCGGCGUACGAGGGUCUCUCAGCUGCCUUGGGCUGGAAGGGCCGUAGCUGCAGCCGCUCGAUCCGCCCCACCACCCUGCCCGUUGCUGCCGCAUAGAUGUCGAUGUCGACCACCACACCAGACGCUUUGCUUUCCUUCAGCACGGCAUGGGAGAAGAGCGUCUCAUCCGCCUUGCACGGCUCCAGACAGACCAACUCCACACCGGCAGGUACCAGGAGUGUGUGCUGAUGACUGCGGACCAGACAGCCGGCCGACUGGAAGGCCCCGUCCAAGAGUGCGGGAUGCAUAUUGCAUGCAGCAUCCAGUGGACCGAUGUGGUGGUCCAGCCGCACCUCGCCCAGGCACUCGGAGGACGAGCUGUCGACCCACAACUUCCUCACCGUCCGAUACUCGGGACCAUACUCCAGCCCGCCAGUGCGCAUCUUCGAGUACACAGUGUCCACGGCCAGGGGCUGCUUUAUCCUCGCCUGCAGAUCAGCCAAGGUGCUCGUCCCUCGUCCGCCAUCCGGUGCAUCGUCGCUGUCGUCGUCAUCCGACGAAGUGAAGUCGUAGACAUUGGCCGUGACGUGGAUGAUCUGGCCUUCACUAUCAGCCUCUUGCUCCGCGUCUUCGGGCACGGUUGCCGCCUGCACUUUGGGGUUCGGCCCAUCGCCCACUGCAAGCCUCAGCACCUUGCCUGCGUCACGCGAGAACACCAGCGGCAGUUGGAACGACACGUUGGUGAUGAUGGGGGUGUCCCGCGGCUUGUUGAAGGCCUUGCGAGCACCAGCAAUACAGAGCUCAAUCCACGCAGCAGCCGGGAAGACCACCUCGGCCUUGACGACGUGAUCCUUGAAGAGACUCAGAAAGUCGCUGCCGAUGAAGCGACGGUACCGUCCCCUGAGGCCCCGCCGCUGUUGCGCCGACUCGAUGUCAGGACCCAGGAAUGGAUGGACGGUCUCCUGCCAGUGGAACGCACGACGAUUCGGCACCCAAGGGCCACUCACGGCUGUCGCCUCGUCGACACGUGCACCCCUCGCAGCCCUGCUCGACUCGCUGGUGUCCUGUUUGUGUUCGCACGAGAAGAUGACGUGUGCGUUGGUGCCGCCGAAGCCGAAUGAGCUGACGCCAGCGCAGAGCCUGCCGCCCUUGGCGCCUGCCGCCACUCUGGGCAGCCGGACCGCAUCGACGGGCAGCACCACGGGGAAAUCAUCCACCUCGAUGUGCGGAUUCAAGCCACUCAAGUGCAGGCUCGGUGGCACUACCCCACGCUGGAGGGCGAGGACCAGCUUGAUGAGGCCUGCCACGCCAGAUGCACCCUCCAGAUGGCCAAUGUUGGUCUUGAGGGCGCCUAUGACCAGUGGGUGGGGUCGCCUCCUCCCCUUGCUGAACACACUGCGGACUGCACCCACUUCGAGAGGGUCACCUGUCCACCCAGGCAAAGCAGACAAACACGUGAGAUGCAGAGGGCGCAAGAGUGCAUUCACGUGAGGGAUUGCUUACCUAGGGCGGUGCCCGUUCCGUGGCUCUCGAUGUAGUCAAUGUCGUUGGGUUUGAGAGCCGCAUCGACUAACGCAGCGGCGAUGCAGUCACGCUGGGCGGGGCCGUUGGGCGCGGGGAGGGUGGCUGUUCGGCCGUCGGAGUUGACCGCUGUACCACACACGAAGCCGUGAAUCCGCUCAGCAGGACCCGACGAUGAGUUUGCCGGUUUAAGGAUGAAGGCAACGCAUCCCUCUCCUCGACCGAAGCCGUCAGCUUGUGCGCUGAAUGUCUUGCAGCGUCCUCCUCGGCUGAGCAUUCUGGCCUUGGCAAAGAUGACAUAGUUCUGUGGGGAAAGCAGCAGCUGCACGCCGCCAAGGACGGCGACAUCGACGGUGCCGUCCCUCAGGGCGUUGACGGCUGCGUCGCUUGCCACCAAUGCGGAAGAGCAUGCUGUGUCGAUGGUCAUGCUAGGCCCGCGGAGGGCGAAGGCAAACGAGAUGCGGUUGGAGAUGAUGGAUGCCGCUGAGCCGGUGCCGUGGAAGGCGGUCAUGUCGCGCCUCUUGCUGAUGUUGAUGUAGUUCCAGUCGUUGCCGCAGCACCCAGAAUACACACCCGUGCGCGUGCCGCGCACGCUCUCCAUGGUCAUGCUGGAGUCGUGAAGCGCCUCGAGGACCACCUCCAGCAGAACCCUCUGCUGCGGAUCCACCGCGGCAGCCUCAAAGGGAGUGAUGUUGAAAGCAGUGUGGUCGAACAUCUCCACUCCAUCGAUGAAGGCUCCAUGCCUCGAGUACGUCGUCCAUCCUGAGGCAUUCUCGUCGGCACGAUAGAACUCGUCAUGGUCCCACCUGUCUGGCGGCACCUCCGUCACGCAGUCUUUGCCAGACAUCAUCAUCUUCCACAGCGCCUGAGGACUGUCACUGCCGCCUGGCAGACGACACGCCAUGCCUGUCACGGCAGCCCGCCGGUCUCGGGGGCCGACAGCCGCCCUCUGGCUGAUGUGCGCCCCGAUUGUCCAUGGAGUCUUCUCGCCCUCAGAUGCUGUCUCGGCGACCAGAAAGUCGAUCAUGGCGCCAAGUGUGGGGUAGUCGAAGAGGGUGGUGGCGGGCAGCUUGACGCCCAGCCGGCGCGAGAGGGUGUUGCGAAGCUCGACGGCGGACAGGCUGUCGAGGCCCAAGUCCACCAGUGACGUGUUCAUGGCCAGGGCGACGUUGGUUGAGGCCGUCAUGUGCUGCACGGUCUCGAUUAGCACCUUUGUCACCCAUUCCUUCCGCUCUUCGGGGCUGGCAAUCUCAGACAUCGACGUCUGCGUGCCCUCGUCAGUGGCGUGGGGGCGGCCUGCCUUGCCGACGGUAUGGACGCCCUCCCGCUUCAGUGGGACUAUCCUGGGCUUGCUGCACAGUGAGAGGACGUCGUAGUAGCUCCCUCCGAUGCGACGCAUGAAGCUCCGCUGCAGGGCCUCCCAGCGGAUUGGCGACACGCACAUGGCAGUGAGACGAUGCUGCAUCAGGACUGCCGAGAGGGCUCCCUCAGCCAAGUCCCGGUCGAUUCGUAGGAACCCCUGCUUGGCGAGAACGGCAAUGCGACCCGCCUCGCCGCCCGUCAUCUCAGCGAGCUCGUCGCCGUCCGACAAGACGCCAAAGUCGAUCGACUGCGCAGGCAGACCUUUGCUCUGGCGGUAGACAAUCAGCGACUCGAUCAACGAGCAGGCCGCCCCGGCGCUGACAUUCAGGGGGACGCCAAAGGCUGCUGCAUGGGAGUUGCAGGCGAUGAAGACGUCCAGCUGGUCUUCAUCCAGAGUGCUUUGGUGAAGGUUCCACAAGGCGCCCACAUCCUCCGUGACCGCCCGCUGGAAGUGCUGCCUCGUGUGCUCGCGGAUCGACACUGACUCGGCUGCUCCGCCAGCGUGAACCACCCCCUUCAGCGGCGGCAGACGCGCCUUGAUCAUGCGAAGCAACGUGAUGAGGUAGGUGAUGUCGUUGACAUCGCCCGGCACCGGGGUGACCUCUGCGACGGAGUCCCUCAGCCAUUCCCACGCGGCCGAUUGGUACAUCGGGACAGCCUCCGCCGGGACGGUCUCGCCAGGCAGAUCGCUGUUGCCUGGGAGCCGUCCGCCUUCCAGCCGUGAGGGCACCAGAAUGUGUCGAGCGCCGUUCUCGACCAGGAGGCGGGCAAUCAUCAAUGCGAGGACGCCCGAUCGGCCGGUGAUAAGAUAGGUCCCGUCAGGAUGAAAUGAAGUCGAGGGCGGAGCGGGAAGGAUCGUCCCUGGUCCUUCGACAGCUGAUGCCGGCACGAUCUCGAAUGGGCGGCCGCGUCCACGGGACGACGAUUGAUGGGUCGUGAAUCCACCGUGGCCGAGCACCUGCUUCAGUUCCAUCCACGUGGGGAGCCAGAAUGUGUCGCUCAGCGUCUCUCGCAGUAGGCCGUGGAGGGGCCCAUCUCCACAGCAGGUGACCACCAAGAGCACACCAGUCGGGGCCAGCAACGAGCGGACAUUCUUGAGAGCGUCGGCGAGGUCGUCCGCCUUGCCAUACAAGCCGCAAAUGACCGCCAGGUUGAAUUGUCCUUGCGCAAAGCAGGUGUCAAGCUCGUCGAGUUUGACUGAGACGAAAUCCACUUGGACGUCUUCUGGGCAGUGGCUGAGCGUCUGUGACGACGCUGCCUGGUCUCCGCCAAAGACGAGAUGAGAGCGCCGUCCCUCCACAGCAUCGACGGUGUCACGGACACACGAAAGCCCAUUUGAGUAGUGCAGGACCUUCAACAAUCCACCAGACGGGAAGCAGCGAGCGAUCGAACGGAUGCACGACACCAGCUCCGCCCGAGGGCACGUCUCCUUCGACGAUUGCCACGCCGCUUCGAAGGCACCGCGCAGCGAGGCUGACUGGACGGGAACCUCACUGGCGUCUGCUGUGGAGCCAGACUCGAUCACUUGCUUCAGGUACAAGACGCUUUCCUGAAUAAGCGAAGGGUACGAUGACUGUGAUUCAUCGCUCAGCUCCACGGUUGUCGCGUUGGUCUGCUGCAGCAUGUCUGUGAGCCUUGUCGACAGGUCGGCUUGAGCCUUCUGCUUCUCGUCAUCAGACUGGAGCGUCUCCAAGAUGUCUUGGACUGCCGAUGCAGCAAACCGAUCCAGAUCGAUAUGGGUGACGCCGUCCUGGGCAGUCUCAGGCAGCUGAGCACGCUGCAUCGCGGCUUCUGUCUCCUCCACUGCCUUGCGCUGCCACUCACGCUGGCGGCUGGCCGCUGACUGCGACGGACACGCACUCAGGACCACUUUGCCCAUGUGUUUGGCUUUCUGCAGGAACUGGAAUGCUUCCACACACUGAGUCUUGAUGUCGAAGGCCGUCAGAGGAAGGCCCUCGGGGUGGUGUCUGCUGCCCGUCUGGAUGCGGGACAACAGGGUCUGGAACUUCUUGGGCCUCGUCUCGAUCAUGGAGUCGAUGGCCACCACAUGGUAGGUGACGUGUGGGUACUUGGCUGCGACGUCCUCCGCUGUCCAGAUGCCCCGUUUGCCGAGCUCGAUGAAGGUGCCGCCGCUGCUUUGCCGCAGGCCGUCGAGGGAGGCCUUGAUGAAGUCGCCAGACAGCGAGUUGAGGACCGUGUCGACAAAGCCGUGCUCGCCAGUCCACGAGACGAGGGCAUCGCGGAACAC